AUGACUACAACUGGCCCAGUUGAACCGAUGUAUAAUAAAAGUUUUACUUUACUAUCUUAAAAUAUGAAACAAAGCAUUUCUGAUUAUUGUUGCAAUUAUUUUUAAAAUUGUUUAUUUUUUCAAAUAAUUAUUUAUUAUAAAAAAACACAGAAUUUUAAAAAGUUAUGGAAUGGGCAUUUUUUCAAAGGUAACAGAUGUUUAUGAGGAUAUAUGGCGGGCUAUUAUUCGACCACCUCGAGAUAUUUAUACCACUGAACAGCUUGGUUCACCUUGUUUCACAUAUAAAGGAUCGCGCUAUUUCCGUCGAGAUUUUACCGUAUUAAAUGAAAGAGGUCAUUUGUUGCAAUGUAGUCAUUUUGAACACAUUCAAAGUACUGGUAAAUACUUCCCGCAGUCAAUGCCAUGUGUGAUUUAUCUUCACGGAAAUUGUUCUUCUCGAUUAGAAGCAAUUCAAUGUGGUAUUUUAAGAGUACUUCUACCACUAGACAUAUCAGUCGCAUGUUUUGAUUUCUCGGGUUCGGGUUUAUCUGAAGGAGAAUUCGUUAGCCUAGGAUUUUACGAAAAAAAUGAUUUGGAAUGUGUUAUACGUGAUUUGAGAAAUACUGGGCGAGUGUCGAUGAUCGCUUUAUGGGGUCGUUCUAUGGGUGCAGUCACAGCAUCUCUACUUGCCCAUGAAGAUCCAUGUAUUGCUGCAUUGAUUUUAGACUCACCUUUUUCUUCUUUACGGUGUUUAGCGGAAGAAUUAGCUCACGAUUUUUUGGGUUGGAAAGUACCAAAGUUUAUUUUACGACCUGCAUUGAAUAUUAUUCGAAGCACUGUUUUUACUCGAGCUGCUUUUAACCUAGAUGACGUUGAACCUAUCCGUCAUUGUGAAAUGUCAUUCAUACCAGCACUAUUCAUUGCAGCGAAAAAUGAUAACUUUGUUCGACCACACCAUGCCGAAAGUAUGCAUCGGGUUUAUGGCGGUGACAAGAAUCUGGUUUUAGUUGAAGGAAAUCAUAAUACAAUGAGACCCGAAUUUCUUUUCAAUUCGAUAUGUUUUUUUUUAUCAUUAUGUUUUAAAACAAAUAUGUCCCCCCUUCCAUUGCAUUCAAUAUAUGAUAAUAAUAUUCAUCAUAAAUAUCUCAAAUGUGCGAGUAAUAAUAAUACAACAUUUUUGAAGGAAAAUAAAUUGAACCGAUUGGAAAAAUAUAAACAUCAAGUAGAAAAAACAAAUUCCAUGCUGGAUAAAAAAGAUAAGGAAGCUUCGUCUAUGGAACCCAAUUUAACAAAAAAUAAUAAUUUUUCUUCAAUAACUUCAAAUACACUAGAACACUUUUGUGAAGUGGAAAAAAAAAAAAAUAUGACUCCAAUUAAAAUGACUGAUCGUAAUUCUUUAACUCCUAGAUCAUUGCCCUAUAAUAUCAGUGAUAAUGCUUCCUUAACAAUGAUAAAAAAUGAAAGAAAUAAUUUCAAUUCUCUAUUUUUAAGCGGAAAAACAUGUACCAACAUUUCAAAAUGGAUAACUGAUACGCUCAAUAUGACAACUCCGGAUGUUGAACCAACUUUUUGUGCUUUAAAGGAACAUACAUCCCAUUAAUUUUUUUAAAAAUAUUUCGCGAUUUUUUUUAUUGAGUAUCAUAUAAAUUUAUAGAAUCAUCUAAUGUUGAUAUACAAUCUGGAAUUUUCAGAUGCAAAAGCCUGUGUUGUUCAAUAAAAUAGUGUUUUGAAUCUUUUUUAAGAUAACCCUUUUUUUGUUUUUGUUUGAAUUAUUGCUUAUAAAAGCAA